AUGCCCCCCAUGGCCACCAAACUGGCGGACAUUCCUCAGGACGUUGCGGCCCUGGUGUGUCACUAUCUGAAUCCCGAAGAUGCUCUCCGGCUGUUGCCAGCAAGCCGCAACGUUCAGAGCAUCACGCAGCAGCCGGAUAUUUGGCGAUGCUUCUGUUUCCUGCGCUGGGGCAGAGGCGCCAACCUGCAUCUGUAUGAAAACGCCAAAGAUUGCCUUCGCGACCAGAAUGGCUGGUUUCCAUGGCAAGGAACGGUCCGGUCAGCGCCGUGCUUCGAGGUGCGCCGCUUGAAGACCCAUCAACAGGGAUGUGCAUCCAUGGAUCUGCGAACCACCACGCAGGAGCUCGUGACUGUGAGCGAGGCUCUGAGGCACAAGAACGCACGGCUUCAGAUUCUGGACCCGGUCAGCACGACGCGGAAGGCCAAUCUGGAGGUGUCUCCGUCCAACAUCAACUGCUGCGAUGUCGCUAGAGGCCUUGUGUGCGCGGGCAGCGACGACGGUCAUGUGAGGGUCUACAAGCGUGGCACGCUCCGCACGGAGGAGGACGAGUAUUCUUUGGUGCAGCAGUUCGCCUGCCACGAGAAGGUGAAUGAUCUUCGCAUCACCACGGAUGGCAAGGUCCUCGCCCUGAAGACACGGCGGAAUCGCGUACCCUCGGGCUUGGACAUCAUCGACCUAGAGUACGCGGGGCAAUCCGUUGUCGAGGGCGGAAGCCGGGCUUCCAGAGGGAAGUUCCUACAUGCUGUGGACGGCUUCGAUGGUGGCUGCUCCUUACACCAGGUCCCCAUGGUUGGAGAGCAUCCCCUGUCAACCAGCUUUUCCGCCAUGCUCUUCGACUUCCGGCGCAGCGAUGCCUGUGUGCUGGAUGUUCCCGUGACCGAUGAGGGCGGCAUGGUUCUGUGGCCUUUGCGGGCUGGACGCUUCCCUCAGGUGUUUUGCGGUCUGGUUCCAGAGUCCUCGAGUCUCGCAGGUCCCCAAGGUCUCAUCAGCAUGGUGGACUUCAGAUACGCAGCGGCCAUGGUUCCAGCUAUCCAUCUGCCCGGCCCUGUGGACGACUUCCGGUUCUUGGAUGGGAGCAUCUAUGCAAUCUGCUCUGACCUGAAUACCAGGCCCUCGCCCCUGACGCUACAUCGAUACAGCCCAGAAGCCGGCCGGGCAGAAUAUCUCUGCACAGUUGUGGAGUCCUGUACCGGUCGGAGAUCUGAAUGGGAUAUUAAAGUCUUAGGGAUCCAUCCUGGUGGCUUUGCCGUGGCCUUCGGCGAUGAGCUGGCGGUGGGCACGGUGGCACGUCCGCCUGGGUGGACGGCGUGA